CAUGGAAGUGGGGUGCUGGCACACGCAUAUAUUUUGGAUCUACCUCUGAACCGCACAGAGAGAUCUGCUGUCAGUAGGCUAGUGCUGGCAGCCAUGUGGAGGCUACCUACAGGACAACAGAAUCCAGAUAAAUUAGAUUAUUGGAUUGCCUGCAACAGAUUAUAGCUCGUCUACUUCCUCGAUGCUUCGUAAGAAAACCAUAUUAAUCUGAGUUGUUGGAAAUAUACAGACUGGCAGCCAUGCUGACCAGCUUUAUGGAGGGUCUUCUCUGCUGCCUCACCUCAAAGUCGGCUAACGUUGUGGUUCCUGCAGAAAUCUCAGAAUCCACGGAUGGCUAUGAGUUUGUGGAGGUGAAACCAGGCCGCGUCCUGCGGGUUCGACAUACCAUCCCCGACCGGCCGGUGGUGGAGGAGCCCACUGGGCCCGGUGGGACUGUCAGCUGCAAACGAAAGAUCACAGUAUAUCGUAAUGGACAGCUUUUCAUUGAGAACUUGGGUGACAGGGCGAGUGCAGAGCUGAAAAACUGCCAGAAUGGAGAGGCAGAACCAAACAACACUGUAGAGAUUGAACUGACUGACUGCGGUAAGUCCUCGGCACCCGUCAGCAUCCCUGAGGCCGAGUCUGAGCCUGCACCUGCUGCUGGGCAGACUGACCAGUCGCAGCAACCCAGGAAGCGCAGGAGGAAGCCCAAGCGCACUGUGGUGAUCGACUGUGAGAGGAAGAUAUCGGCCUGUAAAGGGACACAUGCAGACGUGGCUCUGUUCUUCAUCCAUGGAGUGGGAGGCUCACUCGACAUCUGGAAAAGCCAAGUGGACUUCUUUUCCAGGCUGGGCUAUGAGGUGAUCUCGCCGGACCUGGCAGGUCACGGAGCCAGCUCAGCACCGCAGAUAGCUGCUGCAUACACUUUCUAUGCCCUAGCUGAGGAUAUGAGACUUAUCUUCAAGAGAUAUGCACGCAAGAGGAAUAUUCUCAUAGGACAUUCUUACGGAGUAUCGUUCUGUACCUUCCUGGCCCACGAGUAUCCGGAGCAGAUCCACAAGAUGGUGAUGAUCAACGGAGGUGGUCCCACAGCUCUGGAGCCAAGCCUCUGCUCCAUCUUCAACCUGCCCACCUGUGUGCUUCACUGCCUCUCGCCGCUGCUAGCGUGGAGCUUUCUCAAGGCUGGCUUUGCUCGGCAGGGUGCCAAGGAGAAGCAGCUGCUGAAAGACAACAAUGCCUUUAACGUGUCGUCUUUUGUGCUGCGCGCCAUGAUGAGUGGGCAGUACUGGCCUGAGGGGGAUGAGGUCUACCACGCUGAACUCACGGUGCCCAUCCUGCUGGUUCACGGCAUGCAUGACAAGUUUGUCCCCAUUGAAGAGGACCAGCGCAUGGCGGAGAUCCUCCUAAUGGCCUUCCUGAAAGUCCUGGAGGACGGCAGUCACAUGAUCAUGAUGGAGUGUCCUGAGGCUGUCAACACACUGCUGCAUGAGUUCAUCCUGUGGGAGCCGACCACCCCUCCACCACAGAAGAAAGAGUCCAAAACACGUCCAGAAACUGCCAAAGCACAAUCUGACAACAUCAAGACUGACCCUUCCGAGGUCCGACCUGCGACUGCAAGGCAGACCUCAUCAAACAUCAACACAGAGGAGAAGCCAAACAGCAAGGCCAAGAAAUGAUUAAAGAUUAAAGCUGAAUCUUCAAACGGUUGUUACACCAUAUCAUGGCUCUUUGCAGGUCCCGAUAAAUCUGAGCUGGUUUUAGCUGGUGAACCUGAUGCUGAGCCAAAAGAGUCAGUUUAUCUGAAAAGGUCCAGCUGUAUGCGACACAAUGCAGGGAAUUCGAGUUUGGGUCCAGUUAUGUCAGCUGCUGAGCUGAAGGAAAGAGGAUGCUGGUGGUCCAUUCUUCAGCUGACAGCUGUCUAUCCUCGACAUACAUCAGGGAAGAUGGAGCUGUGCCUUGAAGUGGAGGGUGGUGAUGACGCCAGGGUAAUUAGAGACAGAAACAGUAGCCUAACAUACUGCCAUGAGGCCGAGGUUGGAAAUUAACAGUUGUCAAGCGGCAAAAGUGAUACAAUUUGACUUUUUUUGGACAAAUCAAAAAGUGUCCCCUGCCACACUGACAGCUACAUUUUAGAGAGGAUAACACUUGAUGGCGGGUCUGACUAAGUAAAGCAAAAUCAAGGAUUUGUAUGAAACGUGCUCCUGGUUGACUACAUGUUACGCUGCCACUCCAAAGCUGCAGCAAAGCCAUAAACCUUAUGGAAAAGUUGGACGCUAAACUAGCCUCAUGUAUUUGCCUACUUAACGUGUAAUAUCAAAUCGUGACAUGUUGAGCUAGCUGUUAAAUGUCUUUGAGUGUGUGUGUGUGUGUGUGUGUGUGUGUGUGUGUGUGUGUGUGUGUGCGUGUAGCUCAAUUAUUCCAUCACAUAAAAUGAUAGAUUUCGAACCUAACUUCCUGUAGAGAUGAGAGUUUUAAGUGGACACAGUGUUUUACACAAAAUGGCACUGAAAAUAAAUUGUAAGGCAAUUCUCAUUCUCUAUUUUGGGAAUUUGUUUUUGUUAUUCGGCAUCUAAGAGGUGAACCAGAAUAAUAUGUGUGCACAACACAAUAGAAGGUCAAAGAUUAGAAGUAGCCUUACCUACAUACUCACACGACGUAUGGGAUUCAGCUGCCUCUGGUUCUAUUUUGUGUGACUAAAUUGUGACGUGUGAAGCUGAACAAAUGAAGAAUGAUAAAGACAGAAGUGAAAGUAAAUUUGAUGCUUCCAAUAAUUCUGAGAAAUGUGUGUUCAGUCAAGUGUUUCCUGCUUAAUGUAGCAACAGUUGAGGCUCAGCAAUGAAUCAUAACAUCAUAUGCACAGAAUGGGCCAGAAGAUUUAACACAAAUCUCCUGUAUCAGAAGACUUGGGAGGCAUCAGGGGAAGUGAGACAGCAGGGUUUAACAGACAACAAACUGUAGCACACUACAGUUUGUUCAAAAUAUUAAAUUAUGUAGCCAUGUGCUGUUACUGUAUCUGUACUGAUCUUUGAUCAUUAAUACACUGUAAAAAUAAGUGAACCAAAGUUGCUAUACAUAAUUAUCAACUUCUAUGUGGUAUAAGAUGGUUCCUCUAUUUCCUGCAAAAACGUAACGGCCUGUCAGUGCUAGAAGAUUUGAAUUAAUUAAUUUAUUGUUAUAAAUAAAUAUUAAGCAUUUAUUUCUCGCCAAAACUAAUAUUCUACAAUUUCGUUUUUUUUUGUUACUUGGAGAAAUAAAGUUAAGCUCUAAUAAAUUAGAAUUAAAUGAAUGCAAAAACAGUUUUAUUGUUGAGUCUGAUGUACAUUGAACUCCACAGGGCAGACAGCUAUUAAAUCCUCUAUGACUGUUUCGUGACCACUGCAAUAAUGUGUGUAUGUCUUAACAUUAGCCGAAAUGUUCUCAGUGCUGCGGUAGUUGUAGAAUUUAUAAUGUUCACGAACUUCUGAGACUCUAACAGAGAAUCAGAUGUUUCAUUUGGAAAAAGUGUGAAUGAAGCAAAGAUCUUCUUUCUGAUUCAACAGUGUUGAUGGUUUUUAUUUAGAUUAUUAUUUUUAUACAUUGUAUUUCUAUUCAUGUUUGGUAUUUAGAGAUUUAAAAGACAUUGUAGGGAUUCCAAUGAAUCAAUUGAAAUGUAUUUCUUAUGUCAGAGAAAUGUGACAGAUUUGUAUUUAGACUCGACCCAACAAAAGAUCAUCAUUUCCAUGUGGAAUAUACGGAUACUUUGUUUAUAUGAUUGUGCUGAAUUUGAGGAAACUGUUCAUUUUGUAUCUUGUGCGUCUUAAAAUUUUGUAACUGAUUGCCUUUGAAAAUGAUUACACAAACAGCUGAUUUAAAAUUGUAUCAAGGUAAAGUAUUGUGAGUUUUCCAGUUUUAUCCUCUGUCUUUUAUAUUAUAUUUUAUAAUCUUUCAACUUGUAUUUUAGUGACUUUUGUGCCCUUUAUGUUGUAACUUAACUAAAGAACUGAACACUUGGUUACCAGUUGAUCCACAGUCUAUUAAGCAGUUGGGUGUUAAGUGCCUUGCUCAAAGGCAACCCAGCGGUGAGUUUUUGGGAGCGUUAUUUACUGAUAAACUUUCAGUCAGAAGCCCUCCCUUUUACUCUUCAGGGCACUGUUUCCACCCGUCACGUCUUUUGAUGAGCACUAGCUAGCUAACAACUCCACAACUGUCAUCAGAUUUUGAUGUCAAUAUUGCUUCAUCAUGAUUGGUGAACGUAAAUAUGUGACAUUGUCUUUCCAACCGAGCCCUGCCAACGUGAGAAGAGCGCUGACAUCUCCCACGUGAGAUCAUCAAAACUGUUCAUGUAGAUGAUUGAUUAUAGUAAGAAGCUGAUUUACU